AGUUCACAAGCAUUGUAAGCAGACAGAAGCUGAGAAAAAUGCGAGAAUUAUACCGAAAAAAUCAUUAAUCAUUUCUUUUAUUCAAAUACUUAUCCUUUUCCUAUUGUUAUUCAACAGCAAACCUCCGCAGACCUUCUGUUGGGAAAAAAAGAGUACCCAGGAGCCUUGAAUCUUUCAAGAUAUCUUCAAGAGAAAAUAUAUAUCUAUAUAUUAAUAUAUAUAGAUAUAUAUAUAUACACACCUCUAUAUACAUAUAUACAUAUUCAAACACACACACACACACACACACACACACACACAAAGUUGAACUUUUUUUUUUAACUUUUUACUUUUUAAAAUGGAAGACUCUACUUCAGACUUGAACACCACCUUUAACCGCCUGGAGAAAAGAUGUGGGAAGCUAAAAAGGUAAAAAAAACAACCCCAAACAUUGCGUGUGUGUUUUUUUAAAGGCUCGGCUUGUUCUUUUGAAAUUAUAUAUUGCUUCUCUUUUAAGGAUGGAGGGGGCGGGGACAACAUCAAAUGCCUUCUGCUCUUAAAAACGUGCCCUGGGAAGCCCGAUUCUAUGCAGCACGUUUACUCGAAGUAAAUCCCACUGAAUUGAAUGAUCUUACUCCCAAGUAAGUGUCCAUAGGGCUGCAGCCUUAGAUGAGUUUGCAGCCUUAAGAGGAAGCCCUUCCUGGUGGUUGUCGUUGUUGUUUUAAAAAAACAACAACAGGAGUUAGAAAGGCGGGGAAAGAAAGAAAGAAAGAGAGAGAGAGAGAGAGAGAGAGAGAGAGAGAGAGAGAAGACUGCUAAUAAGAGAUGUUUUAAAGGAAUUUGAAUGGUUUGCUUUUUAAAUGUGUUUUUAACAGCUGGCCUUUUGUGAAGAAUGCUUGUUUAUUUUCUAAUGACAUUGUGGUGAGGUGGGGCAGGAGACUGGGUACUAGAAUAAAAUAGGUGCCUGUUCUAAAAGGGCGCCCUGCCUUUAUUUCUCCGUGGGUUUGGAGUAGCUGGGAACCCUUACGCUGUUGUCCUAGAACUCUUUAUGCCAGGGGAUGUUGUAAGGAUAAUGCAAUGUUACAUAUUCCAUAACUGCAGAUAAUACAGAGGAGGCGUGGCUACUUAAUUUCUGGUUUUAAAAUAUUGCCUUUGGUAUUCAUGCGCGGGUUUUUGAAGGUUUGCCAGCAGAGGUGUGAGUGAAGAGGUUGUCUGUGCGUCCGUCCAUGAUCUAUCCAUCUGCAUUUCAAGGUGGGGGGGGGAGAAGGUUUAUAUUAGAAGAAAUGGAGUUAAGAUCUGACCCUGGCGAGCUGCGGAGUGAGGAUGGAGUUCAUCCAAGGGACACGUUUUCUAAGCGAUUAGCCUGGUAUUGCAGCUACAGAAUGACCCCUCAAAACCCCUUGACCUUUUCAAGACUGGACAUUGUGCUCGGUGGCAUUGCUCUCACGGAAACAGGGGCGGGCUAAAGCAAACUCCGGAGGCAAACGUGAAAACGAGGGCAACACAGAGAACCAACCAACCUCUGGCUUCCUUAGUCUAUCGGUUUUCCUUUUGUGUGUGGGGGCGCCUGGCUUUUUUCUCCUCCUCCAGUCCGGUUAUCUUGUCGGAGGCUAUGGCUUUUUGUUGUUGCUCAUUCCCUAGCUUUCUUUAGGGCGCACAGUCCAGCAGGUAGUUCUCCUGCGCAAUCCUCCUUGAAAUGAAUAGGAGAUGGCCUAAAUUUUGGCCGGUUUGAUGGAUUGGCUUUGAGGCUGCAAUCCCAUACACGCCUAACCUGAGAGUUGGUCCCCUUUGACUUGCUUCUGAGUAGGCAUGCAUAGGAUUGCAUUGUCAUCGUGCAGUCCUCCAUACUUUUGGUCUAUUGGGUUUUAGUUUUAAAUAGGUGCAAUCCCUGUGUCGCAAAGUACAGUGGCUAUUAUUAUGUUUGUCACAGUCUUCAUCAGUGGUGGCUGUUGUGGUAGUAGGAGCCUAGCCACCUUUUUCUGCUUUUACACCUUCUUCUUCCCUGGAAGAACAUUGAGCAGUAUGCUGAUAUACAUGGUGUUCAGAUUAAUUUCUGGGUCCCUGGUGCCUAGAUUUGCUGGCUGACUCUAGGGUGACUUUGAAAAAGGGAACCUGCAUGCACACCAUAGAGCUAAGUUUGUGAAAAGCAUGCACACACAAAUAAUUAUGCGUUUGUUAAGGGUUCUGGGAACUGUGACUUUGUGAGUGGAAAACUACAGUUCCCAUGAUUCUUUGGGGGAAGUCAUGUGAUUUAAAUGUGUGGCAUGCAUGCAAUGGAAAGGUGGGGUGACCAGGCCAUGAAUUCGACACCCCUCCUUUCAUAUUGUUUCUCAUCUUCACCCCCUUCCUCACAUUCUUUCUACCUUUUAUUCAAGGCAAGCUAAUGUCAUAACAGCAGUUAGCAACACUCACUGGUAGAUGGGUUCAAAGGCUCUAAGAAAAAGGAAGGAGCCCUUUACAAAAGGUGUCAUUGAUGGGUUCCUUGAUAAACAAGUUUAUUUAUUGGGCUGGAGGAAAGCACCUUAAGGCUGUAAUUCUACAUGCCACUUACCUGGGAGUAAAUCCCAUUUAGUUCAAUGGGGCUUGCUUCUGAGAAGACAUGCAUAAACUCGCAAUGUUAUUCUGUUAAAAUGGCUGCCUUGACCUUCUUUUGUCUUCCUUUAGGUAUUAGGCUUCUCUCUCCACCCCCCCCUCUUCCCCCUGAUAAAUUUCAAGUCUUAUAGCAAGCAUGUCUUGUAAUGAUUUUCUGGAGAUCUUAGAUCACCAUACAUUGUGGAGUAUUCAGGCCCACUAGACUUCUUCAAAAGGAAAAUGCAGUGUUAUGAUGACGUUUUCUUUACAGUGACUUGGAGAGGACCCUGACUUUACAUGGAAAUGAAAUUUUGUGCUCAGGAGCGACUUUUCCUGUUGUAAAUAUCUCAGUAGACCCAUUUAUACCAUCCCACCUGCAGCCUUCUAUAAGGCUGAGUGAGGACACGAACCACAAAGUGGUCCAGAGACUGAAUAUUUCCCCCCAAAUGUGGACAUUUCAUCUUCAUCUCCAGCUCGCUUAAAACCUGAGUACUGGCAUUUAGAUCUGUUUAAAGUGAAGCCAGUGGCACAAACUGGGCCUCAAUCUACCCUAAGUGGUUUGUGGACCCGUCUGUCCAGGCUCACCAGAAGGAGAUCUCUGUCACCCUUUGCAAAAUGUUUACUUUUGGUUGUGCAGUUGGACUGUUAUUUAAAUAUCAGCCACCAAGGGUGCUGGGUGGUGGCUUUUGUAGCAAGAUCCCACCCCAGAGGUCCCAGGUUUCCGUACGCAAAGCGGUUUAGGUGCUAAACAUUGCAAUGAAGUCUCCAUCCUAAUAGUGCAAGGUGGGCAGCUAUUUCCUGAGCUCCCCAUCCCAGACUAGUUAUAUAUAUUUUUUAAUAUAUUAUUCUGGUGGAUGGUAAAAAGAAGAACUAUUGGUGUUAGACAACUGCAUAAGGAGAGCUUAGGGGUGCAGAAGGUCUACUGUGAGAUAUAGAACAUGGCAUUUGUCUGUAUGUAGGUAUCUGCUUCUUUCUCGUGGCUCAUCUUCUUUGUACUGGCGCAACAUAGAUUUGUAUUUAACAACAAACGCGCACAGCAGUGCACGUGUGAAAACGCCACCUGCAGUUGUGUGGUCUGAAAGCAACCGUGCCUACUGACUGCUCUGUAUCCUUCUUUAAAAAGAUGCCUUCCCUAGUCGCAGAUAGGCUGAGAUUGUGAUUUAUUUAUUUAGUGGCGAGGCCAAGGCAGUCUGCACAUGUUCUGAAACUCUCUCUCUUCCCCCCUUCUUUAUUCUUCAUAUGAUUAUUUCUUCGUAUUAUUUCCACUAUUAUCAGUGCAUGUACAUAUAAACCCUGUCUUUAUCUCCUUAUCUCCCUUUUCUUCUCUCCGUGCGUUCCUUUGUCUACACACAAGUUGCACGCACGCGGGCGCGGGCGCAAACACCCACCCACAAACCGGAUCUGUGUUACAACCCUUCUACCUUUUCCUUUGGAAACGUCCCUUUCAAUGACAGAGAAAGAGGCGUGGAUCUUAGCUGGCCAGGGGAGCGGAGUUUGGGAGCUUUCUCAGUUUGAUCGGUAGCACCCUGGCAGAUUUAUGAUCCCCAAUAAAACCGGCGUGUUUAAAUUCGUAAAUCAAUCUGCCUUUCCCACUAUAUAAACGUUCAUUUUAUCUUGAGAGAGAGAAAGAAAAACCCCGCUCGGUUUCUCGCACCUACCAGGGCGAGGAGAGGCGCUUCCUUUCCUUUGAACUAUAGAAGACAGAAACAUCUUUUUAAAUCAAAGUUGUUCUUUUUUAACAAAAAAAGGGGGGGAGGGGGGGAAGCAGACGGAUUUUUGUUUCCUUUGCAACCCAAGGAUUAUAGACAUGUUUUCUUUUCUGCUCACUUUUCUUCUUCUUAAGAAAUAUAUAUUUUUAUAAAUAUCUCCUUGCCUCUCUUUUAAUGUCUCCGAGAAAUCCGCGAGGUUUAAAAAAAAUCGAAAUCUUAUUCUGGCUCUCUCUCCAUUUUUCGCUCCUCUGUAUUUUUUUAAAAAUCAGUUGUUUAAGAGGGCCAAAAAAGCCCAACUUUUUUUAUUAUUCUUCAGUAAGGUCUCUUUACGGCAGUGAACACUUGCAGUCAAACCCUCUUCUUUCCCUUGUAACGCCUCGCUUUUUUCGAACCAUUUUAAGAUUGGUCCCAAACACAUUUCUUCUACGAUAGCAGGCCCCACUGAUGGCAGCGGGAUUUCCUCCCAGUAUUUAGAAUGGGAUGCAACUGAAAAAUCAGCGGGAUUUGCCGGGGAGUUAUAUUAGAGCAAAACCAACGAGCCCUUUCUUGGAAGCAUGAUUGAACGAAAGUCAGAAUGACUUGCAAUGUUCCCAUCGAACAAACCCAUUGAUUCACUUGGCAAAAGGGUCCCGACUGAUUUAUCCUGGAAGAUCGCAGCUUUUACUUGUAAGCAAAGGCGUUUGGGAUCGAACCGCGUUUGUUUUCUGCCGUUACGCUUCCACCCCAGAAUACUGCGAUUGAGAUUUGGGGUGGGAAACAUUAGCCGUGCUGAGAAUUCUGCAUUUUUGGAUUUGAUUAUUAUUUUUUCACACACUCACACAAAAUACACCAGGCUUCUUUUUUCUCCUUUUUUUUAAAAAAAGAAAAGCUUUGCAGCCGUAUCACCGGUUUCAUGCAGUUAACGCUACAUCUGUUACUAGGGUCUGAACAAACCUACCCACCACAAUCCUUUUGUUCUACAAACCCCAUGGUCAGAAAGACCUGGAAAUACAUGUUGUCGAUCUCUCAUUUAUUCCUACCUAAAAUGUUUUCCCCCUGCGCAUAAUUGAUGUGAGGUUUAUACUUGUCGAAAGCGUUCAGAAUAGGAAAGAGAUCCCAGUUGUCGAAGUGCCAUCAAUAUGUGCAUCUCUCUCUCUCUCUCUCUCUCUCUCUCUCUCUCUCUCUCUCUCUCUCUGUCUCUCUCUCUCUCUCCCUUUCUCUGAGAGAAAGGCAAGCAUUCAGCUCCUAGCCCAGCCCGACCACCUCGAUCCAUCCCACCACUGCCAUUGUUUGAUUUGAUGUUACCGUCUGUUUAAGACGCUGCCUCACAGGCCCUUAUCAGUUCCAUUGUUUAGUGGAAGGAUGCCUAUGUUUCUUUAUUACCUGAAAAACUAAGUGCGCGUGAGCACUCUUUUCUGCAAAUGCCAUAGCUGCACACACCUUUUACUUCCCACUUCUACAUGUUAAAAAAAAUAUGAUGGUUUGGAUACGUUUGCACAAGCGUGUGCUACUACGCUUUGCAUUCUUAUUGUCUGGUGCAAGUCAGAGCGUUCCUUACCCAGCGUCUUCAGAUUAAAGGAGGCUCUAUAGCUCUUCGCUUCCAUCACCAACACCAACAUCUCGGCAGCUCAUCUUAAACUCUAAAUCUGUCUCACAGUUUCUAUUAGAAUGAUUCUUAUCAUUGUGGUGGUGGUCCUCGAGCCCUUUGCACUAAACAGAGCCAAUAACCCCAAAGCUACUGAGCAUGUUUACUAUAGUCCCAUAUAUGUAUAAAGAAAGGUGGAGGAAGAGAAUUUAAUAGACUGAAAAGGCUAAAGAGAAGGGAUGGAAUGGGUGGGCCAGAAGAACGGGGGUGGGGGUGGGGGUGGGGUGGGAAAUGAACAAGGAAGCAAGGAAGGAUCCACCUGGAUACCCAAUAUUUUACAGAAUGACUGUAAUCUCUCUAAAUAAUCUGAAUGGAAGAAAGUUGCCCACUCCGAUAUAAUAUCUGUACAUGCAUCGCUCCUACUGCUUAAACAUAUGGAUAUAUAUAUUUGUUUGUAACACGUGGUUUCAAAAUGUUAUGCUCCCCACACACAUUUAAGUGUGUUUGUGUGUGUAUAUACUGAAUAUGUACACAUGCAUGCACAAGAUUGAGUGUGUGUAAAACAUGAGAGCUUGUGUGAUGCGACAUAUGUGCUCUCUCUGUGUGUGUGUGUGUGUGUGUGUGUGUGUGUAUAUAUAUAUAUAUAUAUAUAUAUGAGCACACACGGUCCUGAUGUUCCAGCGGAAGGUCACAACGGCCCUCAUUGUGCAUAGGAAACACAGAGAAAGAGAAAGAUAACCCCCUACCCCACGCUCCCCAAGUCACGUGAUUCAUUAAAUAAUUAAUGCAGAGGUUGCAGAAUAGAUAUGUAUUCGUCAGGAAAAUCGCAGACAUGGUCUCCUUGUGUCUGACGUGAAAUUCAACUGUCCUUAAAAAAAAAAAGCGCUCUCUCUCUCUCUCAUGCACAGACACACAUACACAUACACACACACUCUCUCUCAUAAGCCUAUGGGGGGGAGAGAGAGAAAGAGGGGAAGAGAGUGUGUGUGCAAGAGUAUCUGAGAGAGAGAGAGAGAGAGAGAGAGAGACUGACUGAGUGAGAGAGGGCUGCAAUAAAACAUUUCUCAGGAAGCAAGAAACCACGCCGAGGGCUGGACUUAUUGUAAGUAGCGGGAGAUCCCGUCUUGCCUCCCAGUCUGUAUGUCCAUGUAAAUUUAUUGUUUGUUAUUAAUGUUAUUGUCGUAAAAUGUGACAAAUAGCCAUCUUCAUUUUCUCCCAUUUCUCUUCACCCCGUGGUGGUGUGUAUAUUUAUACCCAUCCAGGCAUUCCAUAUAUAUAUAUAUAUAUAUUCACACACACACACUUUUCUCUUUUUCUCUCCUCAAACCGUUUCUCUCUCUCUCUCUCUCUCUCUCUCUCUCUCUCUCUCUCUCACUUUCCUUCUCUCUCCCCCCCUUGAUUUAUUACAAUAAACAUGUCAGCCCCAGCAGCAGCAACAGACCUUCUCCCAUUGUAUGUGUGUGCGUCUUUGGGAGAGAGAGUUGUGUUGUUUAUGGCACCGUCCGAGAUAAAUCAUUUCUCAAACGAAAAUGAUGUGUGAUCUUUCAGAACUCUCUCUCUCUCUCUCUCUCUCUCUCUCUCCCUCUCUCUCCCGCUCUCCCUAGAGUUGAUUAUUUCAGACGAUUUACUGUAAUUGAUCAAAACCUAAUGUGAAAACUGUAUAGCUGGGGGUCUUAAAUUAAAGCAUCUGUGAUUACCAAUUAAGGAGAGAUUUGUAUAAAUUUUGGGCAAUCCUGGAACCAGAAAAACGUCAGAGUCGCGGCUAGCAGGUUUUUGUUUUUGUUUUUUGAGACCGGGAGAUUCUCUUCCAGAACCUUAAAAAGCAAAAAAAACAAACAAACACCAAAAAAAACCAAGCAGCAGUAGGAAAUGUGGAGAGUUCUUGUAUAGGUGACUGGCUCGUGAGGUGUUUGUUCCAGGAUGAAGGGCACAAUCCACCGGGAGGUUUUCUUGCCCGUGCUCUUCCGCAGCUCCCCUUAACGGAGCACACGACGAAGAACUUCCCUGUGGAUAUUGCCUAAAGCCAUAUUUCACGUGUGGGAAAUCCAGGCGAUAGGCGUAUUGUGUUGUUCAUGUUGAUUAAAAAUAAACGAAUGAAUAAAGUAGUCACCUCUUCAGCGAAGGACAUUGGAAGACAGACUGAGAUGUUAAAUUUGCCUGUGUCUGAAGUGUACCAAGAAACGCACUCAGUUGAGACGAUUGGUUCGAGUUGAGUGAAAGGAGCUCUCUGUGUGUUUUGUUUUGUUUAAGUUUCUCAUUUGAGGCUACAGUAGAACAAUAGGCGUCACUUCUCAAACCUGUGGUAGAUACCCAAUGAUGACAGAACAAUAGGACACCCAGCAGGAACUCUGGUUUGGGGGGCCUCCCCUCUACCCCCACCGCAAGUCUACUUAUGUACUUAUCUGAAACAGGAAUGCUAUUAUUAUUUAAGGAUUUUCGCUUGCUUCUGAAUUUUGUUUCGCUUUCUUGCGCGUUAGAGAUGGGUGACAUUGUGGAUAGCAAAUAGCACGUUUUGUGGAUUCCAUAAUAAGGACAGGGUUCCCAUCAUAAAGCGGGCUUUAUGGGUAGCAGAGGCACUUUAUAAACUGGAUUAGUAAGCUCACAGGAAAGUAGAAGGUGGCUGGCUGGAUGAGUAGACAGACAGAUUUCCUGGGGGGAACGCCUGGUAAUUUUGUAUAUCAAACGGCAUUUCAUUGAAGUUGCCACGGUCUUAUUUAGCAUGUAAGCAAAGUCAAUGGCAGUGAUAACUCUAAAGUCCGCUGCAAUGUACUUCUUUUCGUUCUGAUUUUUUUGUGCUACACUUAACCUAUUGAGGUUUGUGUGUUUGUGUGUGUUAUUUUGUGCUUGGAGGCAAUGUGACACUCGGUUGUAAGAGGCGGGGUGGAGGGAGGUGGGGGCGCAGAGCCGCAGGUCCUCAAGAAAUUCAGGGGCUGCAAAAUUCACCACUAGUGGAUGGUGCAGCUCUUGAAAUAACCGGUCGUGGUAGUCUUUGGCAGCUGGUUGAGGAAGGGAAGGCGCUGGAGGUUAAAGAUGCCGUGUAAGGCAAGGAGAGCUUCGGAGCGAAGGGCGCCAAGGGUUGCCCUUUGUGAAAUACAAAAGGUCUCAGAAGUUGGGGGCGGGAAUGUCCAGCUCAGGCUAGGAAUCGGCAGUCCCCCAGUCCUAGCUGGAUCGAGAAAGUGAGGCGCUUCAAAGAGCUGGAAGGUGAAAGUCAGGCUGGGCGAUUCCUCAGUUAGAAACAAUAGCACAACUUGCAAUAGGCAGGGAGCGCACAGAGCUGUCAGGCAAGUCCAAGGGAAGAUGGAAACCUCUCACGAUACUCAGCUGAAGUUCCCCCUACCCGUUGUCUCCUUUGCUAACCAGCGGAGUUUCUUACGCCGCCCCGAGUGCUGCUAUUUUACCCUGUCUGCUAGUGUAAACCUUUAUGUAGUGCAAUUAGACCAACACGGUGAUUUUCAUUAAAUAUGAAUGGCGACAAGGAGGGGGCUUCGAAGAGCCCAGGGGAAAAGCCAAGAGUCCCUUUCUUUCUUUCUUUCUUUCUUUCUUUCUUUCCUUCCUUCCUUCCUUCCUUCCUUCCUUGAGAUUUUAAUCAAGAGACACUUCCCUUUCCUUUGCAUAUAUGGGUUUGGAUGGAUGGUUUUCAUCCAUCCAAACAUAUAGAGAAGGAAAGAUGGAAGGAUGGAAGGAUGGAAGGAUGGAUGGAAGGAAGGAAGAAAAAAAGGAAAAAAGGAAACUAGAAAGAUUUAGGGGGGGAGAGUUGGGGAGGGAUACACGAAGGAGAAAAGAAAGGGGGGGAUCUAUCCGAGUUGUUUUUAGAAAAUCACAUAAUACUGUACCUUAAACAUGUGGACGUGUCAUUAUUAAUACCCUCUCCCCUGUAAAAUCAUCCUGGGCCAGAUUCCAUCGUGAUACGGGUUCUGCAGGGGGAACCCCCAGCGUCCAAGCCCUCCUCUCCUCUUUGCUUCUGAAAGGGGCUCUUGAAUGUUGGUGGGGGUGAUUAGAGAGGUGGGAUGGGGGAGCAAUGCGCGGUAAACAGGAUCGCUCCCAUCCCCUCACCCUUUCUGGACACAAACUUCCCAAGUCCUUGCGGGGGGAAACUCUGGGUCCGGACCUCGCAGGAACAUAAAUGGUAGUGGUGUCAAAAAGGCCUCCGCACGCCAGGGAAACAGGAAUGAUUUCAGCAGUAGAGUUAUAUGCAACUAAGUUCUACUGAGAGCAGACCUAUUGAAAUCAGCAGACCGACGUUGGCUGUUAAUUGCAGUGGCUCUACUCUGAGUAGGAUGAACAUUGAAUACAACUCUUUGGCUUUUUAAGGAAUGCCUUCUAAAUUUCGGUGGACUUUACUUUCAAAUGAAGAGGGUCCCGAUCCGGUGAAGGGGUCCUAUGGGGGCUCUGGCGCAGCUCUUGAUUGUUUCAAUGGGGUUGGAGAGCUUCUCGUUGGACUGUGCCAACUAGAAACUCGAUACAGCUGUGUUUGUCAUAAGUGAAUGUGCAAGAGGUGCUGAAAACGUCCAGCGCCUGACACAAUGUGAGAUAAUGUAAGGACGACGACAGCAGCCGCAGCAACACUACUAGCCGCGGUCCAGACAUUCCUUUUACCUUUCUAUUCUUUCGUUGUGAUUCUUCAAACCAGUCGUAUACUUCUUUCUCUAUCCUUCUCCCUCUCUAUUCCUUUCCUUCUUUCCAUUGUAUCGUUUCCUUCCGAUACUCCCCUACACAUCGACCUUACACUCUCUCCGUUGCUUCCCUUCUUCAAAGAAGACCACAUCAGUUUCCCCCUAGCCUAGAUCUUUGUAUUUGCUGAAGACCCAGCUUCAUUAAAUCAUAACACAUUUCCCCAUUUAUGUUCAUUAUCGGUCUUUUCAUCGAUCGAGGUAAUAUAAUAACUUUGCUGCCGGAGUACUUUUCUACAAGCUGUAUCAGAAUGUGCAAAAAAAAAAAAUAAUCGUUGCACUUUCGUUUUGUGUUCUGUGCAUAUUUCUUUAUUAACACGGUUGAUCUCCAAUAUCUCAGAAGAUUAGCAAUAUUGCUGCGGAUGAUAAACGUAGGAAUGAGAUAAAUAAUAUUUCAAACCCUCUCUAAUAUAUUGAUUAUUCCUCCCACACACACUUCCAAAUUGCUUCUGUUACUUAGUUGCAAGUUUCUUUUCCUGUCAUCGUCACGUCAGAAUUCAAAUCUAUUCACGAAACGGGAGUUUCCUUUCUUAUAUUUCCCCUCACAAGUGCUUUAUCCACAGAGAAAUCUGUGGCGGUGAAAUCCAGCGUGAAGCUCAGCGAGCACCAUUGAAACGAAUGGAGACCUCUUGAAUGCCACCAUUAAAACUAAUGGGAACUCUUGAAUGGGUCUUGAGUCCACAGGAGAACUUCCUUCUUGAUCAACCAAGUGAAUAGUGCUAAUAGAGAGGGAAAGCUUUUGUUUUUUUAAAUAGAAAAAGUAUAGUUUGCUUUAUAUGAUUUCUGGCUCCACAUCACCUUUAAAUUCCAGUUGCACCCUGAAAGCGAACUCACUCUUGGAUUUUGCCAAUCCAGAACUCAGCUUCUUAAAUUCUAUACCUGUUUUAUCUGGAAACAGUUCUCACUGGUACCGAUUACAUUUUUGUGCAGUAACCGUACUUGGGAUCUCAGCCUUAUGCGCAGUUCCCACUAUUUUUAAAAUCAACUGAUGAAUGAACCUUCAUUUUCUUUAUAUUCUGCAUGUAUCUGUUUUCCUAAGCUCAAAGUAAGUUGCAGCAACAUUCCUUCCCUCCCACAAUCUUCCAAACCAUGGAACAACACUACGGAUAUAUAUUAUAAAUGAAACAACAGUCAAUUGAAAUCGAAAUCUCAACUAACCAACCCACCAGCCCGCCACUACCAGUUUUCACCCUAACAGCUGGUGUGGUGUAGUGGUUAGAGUAGCGGAAUGAGAAAAGCGCAGAUUCAGGUUCAAAUCUCCACUUAAGCCUACUGAGCGGUCUCCCUCUCAGCUUCCCUACCUCAUAGGGCUGUUGUGUGGAUGAGAGGGGAGAACCUUGGAGGCCACAGGGAGGAGCUCUCAGGAAGAGCGAGACAGACAGACAGACAUUCGCUAGUUAGGGCUACUCCACUUCCGCUUUAUUUUUUAAGCCGUUGACUUCUGUGGGUAACUUCAUCCUGGUUUAGUGAACUCUAGAAGAAUCGGGUUGCUAUCAGUAAUCCGAUGACACCUAGUCUAACUGGCAGACAACCUGGGGGGAACAAGGAGAGAAAUUCCAGCGUUCACUGCCUAAGGGGGAAAACAACAUUCAAAAAAUCCUGUGGCACCUUAAACAGAGAGCUGGAGAACCUGUGGCCCUCCUGAUGUUGUUGGGACUCCAACUCCCAUCAGCCCCAGACAGCGUGGCCAAUAGUCAGAGAUGAUGGGAACUGUAGUCCAGCAACAUCUGGACGUUCCCUACUCCUGAGCUAGCACAUUGGUUAUAUCAAAAGUUUCCGUGGAGUACAGUCCACGAAAAUGCUGUGAUACAUAUGCUAUCUUAGAAUAGCUAUGGUACUCUUUGUUCCAACUAACAUGUCUGCCCCUCUGGAAUAGCAUAAGGGUUCAACCCUGUAGACCCUUACCUGUAGACCCUUACCUCCCGAGUAGACAUGCCUAGGAUUAUACUGCUAGUGGAGGGAAUGUUGUAUUACCGAUACAUUGCCAAUGCAAUGUGCACUCCAAUAAACUGUACGCAAAAUGUUCCUUUGCUGUGAACUGCCAAAGAUUCUGUCUCCGUGCACCACUAAUCGGUUUAUCCCGAGUGAUCAUUUUUACAAAGGGUUAUAAAAUUUUAAGGCGAAAGGCUCUGUUCUCGUAAAUUUAAUUCUUGGAGGUUUUAAUCAAGUCAAGUCAAAGGGAUAUUGGAACGGUGGGUCCCUUAAGGCCUUAUUUUCCAACCCUGAGGCUCAUUGUGUAACAACCCCAUUCUACCUCCCUAGCAGACCGACUCACACAUAGCAGAACGAGGAAGCCCUACAGCAUAGCGGAGAGACCAGGUUCUCCAAUGCCAAAGGCGCGAGCGGGAACAAAGGAGAGGAGGGUGGAGUUCACUCAUGACGCUGAAAGCUCCCCGGAAACUCUCACGCUAUUUGUAUCCACGAGGGGAUGUUGCUAACGCGAGCUAGAAAAGGGAAGAGUCACGCUAGCUCGCGAAAGCAUACCGAUAAAGUUCCCGUUCUGCAAAUCAGUAUCCCUGACGGCUAAGCAAGCAAAUCCAAACUAAAUGAAACAACCCGGGCAGCCCGAUUUUAAAUGCAUUUAUACCCGCUAGUUAACUAUAUGGGUAUAUUCUGGAUGUAACACUGGACUUACUUCUAAGUAAAUCUGUUUAGGAUUGGGCCACUAGAUUGAUUAACUUUGGAGCGCAGUGGCUACUUUAUUUUCAGCGCAAUGGAGUCGAGUGUGUGUUGAUUUACUAUCCAUAAAGGACCUUACAUCCAAGUAGGGCUACAUAAAUUUCAUUACUAAAGUUAGGCCAACUAGUAGAUCUGACAUCUGGAAUAUACACAGCCCUCUAUGUAAGCGAACCCCAUUCAUUUAAGUGGAGCAGACUGCCGCGCAAUGAAUAUAAUAACAUCGGUGUAAGGCAGAAUAUAACAGUAUACAGCUAUGUACCAUUCAUAAAUUCAUUGGGCGUGAGCCAACAAGAAGUUCUCCUGCGCAAAUUCCACUGAAAUGAAAAUAAAUGAAUUCUAAUCGUUUCAGUGAGACAUUUUCAAGUAACGUCAGAUUCAGGUACUGGAGGGGAGGGCAGAUUAUAUAAUUGCCUCAUAUAAUGCUCUCGUGAUAAAUAUAAAUAUAAUUGAGUCAUUACAUUUAUCAUGUUAUAAGCAGAACAGAUUUUGUGUACUUUGGAUUACAUUAUGCAUUUAGGGGUGCUGUGGUGUUAGAAAACAGUGAAUGGGGUGGCAAGUUCGAGCAGUGGCUGCAACGCUAAAAUAUGCUGUGUACAAUCCACUGGGAAGGUCUCCUGAGCACCUCUCCUUGAGAUGAAGGUUCCCAUUCAUUUCAAUGAGAUUUGGCAAGAGAACUUUCCCUGUAUUUCUCUCCACUAGACAUUAGAAUUGGGGUGCACACUGAAAUCAUUUGGGGAAUGGAUUGCUGGAAAUUGAAAUCAAUGGAAUUUACUUUCGGGUAAUGUUAUGUGGGUCUCCUCGACGAAUUUGCUAUUUAAAAGAAAAAAGGACAGUUGGUUAAAAUAAUGCAGGCGUUUAUCUUAUUUUCGAGAACUCUGGAGAUAAAAAUGUCACAGACGUUAAAAAAAAUGCAGUUUCUGCAACGUGCCCACUUUCAGCAGGGAUUACUGAAAACAAAACGAGGCGGGGUGGAGAAGGGAAGAGAGGAAAUACGUCCACAGCUAGACUUUUUCAGAGGGACCACAAGGGCUUGGAAUCAGGGUUUCGUUCACCUCCCUCUGCUUCCUUGUUGAAGAAAGGCAAAUAGUAAGAAAAUGUUGGUGUCUGGCUGGGAAUUAUCAAAUUUAAACGCUUGCUAAAACGCUGCAAUACUAACCCAUGCCGUAGGACGAAGCCAAUCCAUUGAACAACAUGGGACUCUCUUCCGAAUAAGCAUUUCCAAGACCAUAAACUGGAUAGACAUGUGCGCGCACAACCCCAGCGCGUACCCGCGCAGGCGUUCUGAAGCGUAGAACUGGCCCUUUAUAAAAGGAGAGUGUUAUUUCAUGUCAUAUUGUGGGGAUGCAUUUCUUUUUAAAUAAUUAAAAAAAAAACUUCGGCUAUUAGCUAUUCCCAGGGGGUCAGAAAACUCCGGGAGACAUGUUGAAAGGGCAGAUCAGCCAGGCAUGAAUGAAAAAGGGACCAUGUUCACACCGGAUGGGUUCCAAAAAUGGACGCGAUGUGGGAAUCCCUAGCACAGGAAAAACCGAAGGCUAAAGCGGCCUAGCUUUACCAAAAAGGGCUCGUUCUUUGUUAAAAGGCCAGUGUCCCUGAGCGCUUGGUUUCCAGACAGGACCCAGCGCCAGCUGCAGGCAACUGUAGAUAGCGUGGGAUGAGGAGGGGGAGGCCGCCUCCAGAUUCCACGUGAAUUUAUUCCUUUGUUCCUGGCUCUGCUACCACCCAAAGGCUACCGAUCUCAAACGACUUUCAGCGCAAAAGCCAGCAAUUCCAGGCCAAUCUUUGCCAGAUCGUGGUGCCAGGUAGAAAGGGAGGGAGAUUCACACAUAAUAGCGGGACAGGAAGACAUCUAGGAUAUAGACGAUAAAACAAGGGAUGAUGGAAAGGGUGAAAAGUGAAGACACCAGCAAGGGUUGAGUUGGGUUACUUGUAGAAAAGGAACGGGGGGGGGAUACGAAAAAUAUAAUAGAUUAAUGGAUUAAUGGAUGGGAUUAAAGCUGGAGGAAGGCACGCCACGUUUGGCAAAGAUCUAAGAACAGGGGGAAAGAUGCAUGGGUGGAUAGACGGAGAUUUUGCUAAAGACCACGUUAAAAUGUCAUGCAAGGCCGUUUCCAUUCGCAAUGACCUUUUCUCAGCUCCUUACCUUUCCGUGUUUAAGCAUAAAACCCGGAGCGAUUUGCUAUUUAAAACAGCCAACAGUAACAACAUUUUAUUUGAACCCUCUUGGUUUUUAUUUUAUUUUUAUUUUAUUUUAACAAAGAGAGAUAUCUCAGUUAGCCUUUGCUCUUUUUCGAUCCUUUUUUAUGCCCCGCCUGAGAGACUGCUGAGGAAGAGAAGGGGGGGGGAGGACAUAUGGAAUCAAUUUCGUAUCCUGACGUUGAGAACCAGCCAAUUCCUGUUGGUCUUUUAAAACCAGAAUCCAUUUGGUCCCUCUCUAUCUGGCACCUCUUGUCAGUCAGUAGGAUCCCCCCUCUUGCAACAUUUUUAAGUCUUUAUAAAGAGAAACAGCCUCGCUUAGAAACGAGAGAGGCUUUCCUCCUCCUUUUCGGAGGUGGAGGGGGGUGGCAGAGGGAGAGAGCAUUGUUGUCCCGUGAAAAAGUAUUCCGUGUCUUCGUCUUGCUGCAGAAUAUCUUUAUUUCAUUAUUAUUUUUGCUCUCCCUCCGUGUCUCGGAAACCAUUGUAUUUUUCCUUCUGUCAAGUUGGAAUCCAAGAGAGGCCCCCCCGCCCCCGUUCCUCAAAAAAAUAAUCAAAAAAAUCAAAGCUUCCUUGCGGUGGAAAAACCGACCCCCCAAAAAAGCCUCAAGACAAACCUUAGCAGCAAAAUCUACAGAGCUACAGUCAAGUAGUUCUUCUCUGUCUCUCUGUCUCCUUCUCCCAAACUGGCUUCCUUCGAGUUCCUCUCAACCUCCUGAGCCGCCUUCGAUCUUCCUGCUGAAGUCGUUUGGUUGAGAAUCGCUGCAGGUAAGAGGGAUUAAUAAAAAUAAUGAUAAUAAUAAUAAUAAUAAUAAUAAAAGAAAUUACAAGACAGAUCAAAACAAAUCCCAAACCACUAUACAACUUCGUCUGAUCCUAGCAUAGGAAAUUCCGGGGGCCGUUGAGAUUUAAUUAAUAGCUCUGACAAAGCUUGGGAAGGCGUCCAUUGGUCCGCUGGAGUUCUAGCUUGAAGCACAGCCCCCCCCCAAAAAAACCACAUCACCACCACUCUCAGAAACUAGUCCUGUAGCUUGACCAGAAAAGGCUGGGAUAUAGUAAACAAAUAAUAUUAAUGAUCUCCUGAUAAUGGUUGGAUACUGGGAGUCCAAUGCAAAUAAAAUAAAGGGGAGGCAGGUUGCUUCUUCCAAACCUGAUGUUUGGACCAAAUAGGUCCCCCCUCCGCGCUUGCCGCCCCUCCCAGGCCACAUUUGUUAAAGGUUUAACGCCUCUGGGUUGUUUGAAAGGGAAAACUACAAACGCUUCUUUAAGGGAGGGGAAGCCUGGUGUUAAACAGAGAGAUGUGAUUUAUGGUGUUGAGAAAGUUGUGUUUAUUUGAGGUGGCUCCUGUCACGACCAGCCUUUUCCUAGAAGACCAAAUCUGUAUCCCUUCCCUUUUCUCCCUCUCUCCCUCCCCCCGUUUCUUUUAUGUUUGUGAGUUGUAGUUAACAAAUAUCUUACCGGUGUGUGAAGCAAGCAGUGUUAAGUCUCCACAGAACCAGCAAUGUAAAACAAAGCUUGCGGUUUUACCUUGUAGGGGACCGCCUUAGUCUUUCAGAGACUGAGACAUCUUACCAGCUUGUUUGUCCUCGCCAUCAUAUUUAGCAAUGCACGCAUUGUUUGGCCUUUGCAAAAUCUGGGGUGCACCCUCAACCUGGACUCAAACGCCACCGAACACAAUGAGGCUGCAAUCCUAUAUUCACUAAACAGGGAGUAACCUCCAUUGAACUCAGUGGGACUUGCUUCUGAGUAGACAUAUAUAAGAUUGCACUGUGGGGUUUAUCUCAGAGGAACAAUGCAUAGAAUCGGGCCACCUGAUUGCAAUCCUAUUGCACAGAGGAGUGAGUCCAACCGAACUCAAGGCAGUUUCUUCCAGGUAAACAUGGACUGUUUGGACUAUUUUAUUCUUUCCAGAGUUUCAUGGUAAAGAAUGCAGUCCGCAUUCUAUAGAAAUAAAGGGCAAAUUUCUCUUACACUUGAAUGGCUGUACUUCUUUUUGUUUGUUUUUUUAAAUGUUUUUAAUGCUCUUAGACCAAAGGAGGGAAGGGACUCUUCCAUCAAACCGGUCCUUCCUUUCUUCUUUCCUUGUUCCUUACAAUUGCAUCUGACAUAAGAAUUCUUCUUAUGUUAGGAAGCCAGGGCUUUUUCAUUCUGCUGAGUCUUCGGGAAGCAGAGGUUACAGUCAAACUUACACACCCAAAAAAUAAAAAUAAAAGGGGGGAGGGUGAAAUAGAUAAAGCCACUAUUGCUGACAGUACAAAUAUGUUCUGAGUUCAGGAUGGCGAUGUUAAUAACUCAGUUCCUGGGACCAUACCCCAGCUAUAAACGUACACUAUUUUUUAUUAAAAACAAACAAAACACCACCCCAAUGUCUAAUAUUUCCUCCGGCAAAGUAAUGCCAUAUUGGAAGAGAGCAAGAACUCUGCUCUCUGAGCGCCUCCCUUCCCUGAAAAUUGCUUUGCAUUAAAUUUCCUCAGCUCCAGAAUCAUCUUCCUUACUAGCCUCCAGCUAAACUUGAUUAAAAAAAACUGCUUGAUGCGUUGACAGAUGAAAUCCAAGAGGAAACCACAAGGCCCUUAAGUGACCCUAAUUUAAUCGAUUUUAUCAUAAAUCAUCAACUUGAUGAAGAACCAAAGUUUUCAUUGAAGGAAAUUGAUAUUAAUGGAGUGGCUGCUUCUUUAAUUCAGAUGUUGUUUCCCACCAGUUCGAAAACAAACUCAGUUGGCAUUCUCUGGGCAACUUCUAUGGGAAUCAUGUUGGGUUGCUGUUGUUAUUUUAAUUAUCUUAAUUAGGACAGUUUAGGUAGCGACGUGCCAAAGAACCACAAGGAGCCUCUUGGACUUCAGCAAGGAUCCAUUCCAGCACUGAGGAUCUAUCUAGACUGUGGUCAGAUUUUAAUGAAUGCAGCACCAAAUACCAAACCACUUGCCUCCGAUAACCCACCAGAUCGGAAACGUCUGUCUUCAGAAAGAGCGAGGAUGCUGGUUCCCUAUCAGCUAUUCAUCAUGCUACCUACCUGUUUGGGAAUUGGAGAGCGAACGAGAGAGAGAAGGCUAUUUGGCCCAUAGUUUAUAAUAUAAUGACUGCGGAUUUCCAAAACGCAUUUUUGAAUGUGUCAAGUCCUUGCGUUUACAAGUAGAUCUGCAAGCACGUCCCCAUCCCAUGAAAUGACUUAAAACCAAAGUCAUGCCCCACAAUACUGCUUUUGAGGGCCUGUUAAACAUUGGCCGCUUUCACAAUUCUUCAUCUUGCAAUUAAAAAUUAACUCUAGGCUUCAGCUCUAUGCCCGUCUGUUAUGGAUGCCUAAGUCCCAAUUAGCCUUUAGGUAUGCUGAUGAAUGCCAUAGAUCAAAGAGCCUUGGAGGGUUUCAGCAAAGCAGGAAACGGGACAAGGAAACGGCUGGUUAAUAUGUGAAACCUAAUAUAUCUAAGGGUGGAUGAAGAAAACGCAACAGAAUGGCAUUCCCAAUCCUACACGCCUCUACGUGGAAUCAAGUCCCACUAACUGUACUGCAACUUAGCUCCAUGGAGAUGGCUAGCAUCCCCAAAUAGAGACGGGGGUGCAAGCAGGAAGAAACUACUUUGGAAUAAAAAGAGCAAAUAGUCACCUUCAAACUGGUUUGAGAUGGUGUCUUUCAAUGCAAAGAGCUGCUUUUAGAGUAAAUGGCUAGAGACCAAUAGGUUAUCCCUGUAUAGGAGAAGAGUGCUUAUCUGUUCUCUCUGCCUGUCUCUCUCAUUCCAUCCUACCCUUUCAGUCUUUUCCUGCCUAUUAAUUAUGUAAACCUGUUUAUUACCAUUCAUGGCACCUUCCAGUACCGCGGCUGCUGGGCAAUUACAAGCUCCAAUAGUGUGCUGAGCGCUUCAUAGAACACCCAAAUUGCGCAGUCUCUGACAGCAGAUUCUUAGCAAGAUCUGCUACCAUACAGUAAGCCACUCUGUACCUCCUUGUGUAUGAAGCAGAACCAAAAUGUCAAGGAGGAUUGUGUCCCUCUUUUCGCUCCUCCCGCUCCCCCGCCCAAAGUUAGUGAUGGUAGAUGACUCCGCUUGUUGUGGUUAUAUAUUUCAACUCCCACCCCCUUCUCGAACUUUAUGAUGUUAUGACGGAACUCGAAGUGAAGGAAAGGGGAGGGGGGACACUCCAGCUCCAUAAAGUUUGACUAGAACUCGGGUAUUUGCCUGCGCCUGCCUUUUUUUGCCAUUUGGCAAGUUUCCAAUAUAAGACUAGCUAGCUGCAACCUCAGAAGGGAAGCCUUCGCCUUGCCUGAAAAUAUUUUCCUUUCUCCUUUCUUGUAGGCGCAAUUUCGCUCUGUGGUAUCCAAUCGUCAUCUUUCUUCCCAGACAGAAGUAAGUGGAUUCUAAAUUUAAAAGUUGUGAACUGAGAGAAUUAUAGCUUGGCUCCCCCGCUUUUCUUUAACGGGGUGAAAUCUGCGUUCUACUGCUGAGAUCAGGGUCUGCUCUUCAGGCCACUGACCUCCAAAGAAGCCCAAAAGGCUGAAGGAUAGAAGUGAUGCGCAUGGAUAGGAAUCUGUUUUCUCACCCGUUUCCUCUCCCUUUUUGCAUGCAUGACUCUGAAUAGUGUAUUUUCAAGCCAAAAGAGAGAUUAUCUGAAACUUAUUGACGACGCCACCCGCUCCACCAGCAAGCAAACUGUCUUCAUUACAUUUAUCACUUGCUUGAAGCUGCAAUCUUCCCCUAGUCCAAAUCUUCCCUUAGACUAUCUUCUAUUAGUCCAAAUCUUCCCUUGGACUAUUGAAAUCAGUGGGAAUUUGCUCCGGAGUAAACAUGCAUAGGAUUGCGCUGUAAAUCAAUGAAGAGGGGUGGAGUCUUCACUUUAGUCCCCAUCCACCUCACAAUCCACUUUAAUUUCCCAGCUAGGAAAAAUAGCCAAGGCCUUAAAUAUGUUUACGUGGAAGUAAGUCCUACUGAAUUCAAUUGGCCUUUCCUAGUAAGCACGACUAAAAUGGCAGCGUUGCUGAGGAGCUAAUCGAGUUUUAUCUGCCCCGAAUGAAGUUCUGCAGAAAUUAUGCGGAAGUAAGGUUUUCAAAAACGCUACACGGGCUCCCAGGGAAGCGCUAUUUUCUCCCAAUGGACGCUGCUAUUAAGAGGUCGAGCGUGGGUGUGGAACUGGGCCUCCUCCAGGCCAGCUCGGAGCAGCUUUCUAGUAAACCAGGAAGUGCUUCUCCCUGCUCCCAUGGUUAUCUCCGGCCAGGAAGAGAUAACAACGCUGAAAAUUUGAAUCGGGGGGGGGGGGGAGAGGAGGAGGAGGAGAAGUGAGCCAGAAAGGCUAAACUGCUCAGUGAAAUAACGGAGAUGUAGUGAUUUCCUUCGUCAAUUUCACCCUUGCUGAAGGAGGGACCGCAGGGUGUCGCCUAUGGAAGCUGCAAAAAAGAUUGGUUGCUACUCAACUAAGUUUUACUCAGAGUACGUCCAUGAAAAUUAAGGGAUAUGACUAAGUUAGGCCCAUUACUUUUAAUGGGACUACUCUAAGUAAAGCUUCCUUGAACGCCAUCCAUUCUCCCCUUUCCUCCUUCCCGAUUUUUUCUCCUUUCCCCCCGGAACACAUAGAUCCAAGUAAUAAAACUCGGUAGCAAGAACUUAAUAAGUUUGCCAGCGUGAAGUUAAUCAGGUGGGAACAGUAAGGUGCGAGGUGUAAGUAUUUUAAGAAAACACAGAAAGAGAAAUUUGAAAAUGGUCACGUCGUGAAAGUAUGGUUCAGUCCUCUAUUUCAUAAUUCGAAAGAAAGACAAUGCAAGAGGUCAGCUGCCUAGUAUCUCAAGGUUCCGCUCACACGAACACUUCAUGUGAAGCAGGUCCUACGGUGUCCAGUGGCUCUUACUUUCAGGUAACCGCAUAGGAUUGCAGCCUUAGCAGUAAACAGCAUUCAGAAUCAGCUUGUGGUCAGGUUGUCCCUGUGCGUAGACAAGAAAGCCCUCGCAUUUGAUACGAAACACGUUCCCUGGUAGCAAAUCCCCUUGAAAAUGUAGUUUCCAUGGAAAUCCAGAUGCACGUUUCUGCUUGGGGAGAGUUACUCAGGUUCUCUGAUCUUCCUCCUUUUUAAAUAUGUGCUGGACUGUCCCGUACUAGUAAAGCGCGCCCACGCCUCCCCUCUCCAGCCGCCCCAACUGCAGAACAAGACCCAGGGACCACUUACACAAGACAAAGUGCCCCCCCCAAGAGGGUGGAGCACAAAACAGACUGGGAUUGUGGGGGGGGGGUCUCUCUUUCCUUCCCCCCUUUGGCUGGUGUUGUUGUUUAUGUUUUAUACUUUGGAGGCAAUUUAAAACUACUUCCGUUGAUUGACCAUUAAUCCGGUGAGUUAUUAGGCUUCUAAACCAAAGGUCGUGGGGGAGAAAGAGUUACAAUCCAUCAAGGGAAACAAUCGGAUAGAGAGAUGCUGGUUUAUCCCGAGUAGGCGCAUGGGUAGAGUUUGCGUGCACGUGUGGCUAUGAGAGGAUUAAGGAGGAGGAGGAGGGAGAAUGUUAAUCGCACACUUAUUUGGAUGUAAAUUUCGUUAAGUCAGAUGCGCUUGCACCCAAACCAAGUUCUUUAGAACUGAAGUUCUCUUAAACCUGCUCCUAUGUAACCAGGGAAGACAUCUUAGGAUACAAAUCCCUAAAACAAAAAAACAAAAACAGAUAAAUAUUGUAGUAAGUACUGCUGGCUUCCGGGAACAUUUCCCUGUGCACUUAUGACAGAACAAUAGGGUUUGCUCAAUAUAUUUUGCCGCCUGAGGUGUAACAGCAAACAGCACUACUUCCCGCAGUCACCUCCCUCCGUCAGGUGCCCAAUAUUGGUCAGGGUAUUUUGGCAGCUGAAGUAAAAAAGAAGAAGAAGAAGAACAAAAACUCCCAGACAGUGAAAGUACUAACAAAAAGAACCCAAUAACAAUAUAUAACAUGACUAACAAUGUGAUGCCCUUUUGUGACACCCAAAAUCAACUGUCUGGGGCAGCUACCUCGCUUUCCCUAAUAGUUGGGCCAUAAACAACAGGUUUUACCCAACCCUCCAUCAGGAAGCUCUAUGUCUAUAUAACUUAUACAAAGUUUUAGAGCCAUAAGCACAAAUAUGCAUUCCAUAGAUGACUACAUGGAUAGAUAGAUUAAAAACAACUAUAGCUACAGUGAAGCAUCACUGCUGUUAAAUAAAAUAAACAAGGUUUGUAGAGAAUUUCUAUACAAAAGGACCCAUAGAAAGAUUUCUCGUCCUACAACAGCUUUGGGGAAGCUUUUUUAGUCCACAUCUUUCGCUGGCUUCUGGGCAACCAGAGACCACAUGCCAGUACUGGGAGGGGCCAGAGACAAAUGUGGGUGGAGCAAUGAAUGCAAAUGUUACCUUUGUGUUGAUGUCUGAUUUCUACACACAUUCACUCACCCUUAUUCAUCCUCCAUCAAGGCAAGCAAGAGCCAUUAUCAGAGUUCCAUAAUAUAUUCCAGCCAGGCAAGAAUACUUGAGGAGGGUGGCAGGCAGGGCUGUAGAGAUGGCUGUGGCCUGGGGAGAGACCCAAGGGCCAGGUAAAGAUAUCUAGAGGGCCACCUAAGGUCUGAGGUUACCUGCCCCUAUUCCAUAAUGUGCUACCACUACUGGUAGCCUUGAUUUCCACAGCAGAAAGGGAAGAUAAAAACAUAAUGGAUGGUUGGUUGGUUGGUUGGUUUGGUUGGAUGGUUGGAUGGUUGGAUGGUUGGUUGGAUGGAUGGAUAGACAGAUGGACAGACAAAACAGUAUUUCUGCAAUAAAUAACAACAGUAUUAAGUAAUGCCAUCAGGCCACAUAGAAAACCUUAUGUUUAAGAAAAUACAUGAAGACGACCAGAAAACACUACCAAACACUAGAAUGGGAGAGUUUCUGUCUUUUUGCUGCUUUUCCAUCUUUUUGGUGGGUACUGGGCAGAAACUUUACCCCAUUAAAAUAGACGGAUUUUGGUGUAUGGGGAGGAAGUUUUAUCCUUCCUGAAGGCACUUUCCCCUUUCCUGUAGGAUUUUAUGUCUUUUAGACUUGGAUUGCUGCACUUCUGCCCCCUAUCCAACGGCUAACACCACUUAUGGGGCUGUCUUGGUGACCCACCUCCCUGGCGCACUACCCCUGCCCUCCAAAAGCCAGCAGCCGAGAUUUAAAAAGAUGGGAAUGACAUCUCCCUGAAGGUGCUCAGGACCACUUCACACGUGCAUUUUAUGCCACUCACUGUCUUAUCAUCAUACUAAGGCAAAACUGGAUGACUCGCAGCUGAACGUGCAAACUGUAGUUAAUGAACUGCGGCAGCAGUAGCAGGUUAGCAGAAAUCGUUUUAGUAAGCUGCCUUCAUUUGCUUUGGCCUCAUUUUGCUGCCACUAGGUUUAUUCACUGAGUUCUAGAAGCGUGAGAAUCUUAUUAUUAUCAUUAUCAUUAUUAUUAUUAUUAUUAUUAUUAUUAGCUGCUAGACUUCUCACACAUAGAAACACUUCACAAUGAAACAAAACAAACAAAAAAGCAACAACUUUAUUUAUGAUGCAAAGAACGAAUAAUUUAAACUCAGAGCCAGAAAUAGCACACCGAUGAUUGCAAGUGGUAUAAGUGGCCCGGUGCCAGCUCGGUGGCCGUUCACAGGGGCGGGCGCCUCUAGGAACAACAAGAAGCAGGCGGAAUGAAGCUGGAAUUAUUGCCAAAGGCCGCAGAAUUGCGAUGGGGGCAGCUGGGGCCUCCCGGGCGUGAUUUAUAUUCCAGAGGUUCUGCGACAUGCAGGGAUACCGUUCGGGGAGUGUUGGUGUGUGGUUAGCGGACGUUUUUAUUGCAGAUUAAUAAUAUUAGCAUUCAGAACGGAAAACCGGGUUAUUAGAGCCAAGGAAUGUUUCCCCAAACGAAAAUAUUUUUAAAUGAUCUCUCCCUCUCCCUCCCUCUCGUUUUCCCCCCUAAACCAAAACCUUACCCAAGCUUCAGUGAUAAAUCUCAAAGUAGUUCGCCUUCCACAAAUCCUCGGUUAAUUGUUUGGCGAAUUCGCUUUCUCCUUCGGCCUAUUUUGUUCGCCUACACAUGAGAAUGCCAGACACCAUCUGACUACCCUUCUGAAUCUUACUAGACCUCGGUGGGAUUAAAGUUGGGAUCUCCGGCAGGCUUUAACUUGAAAGCAAUAGCCCCUGUUUAUAUGCGUUGGGUUCGUGUAUGCCCUAUUGCAAAGACUCAAAGACUCAGAAGGACCUGUGUGUGUGUGUUGUGUACACACGUACUCGUUUGAAAAUAAGCGAGGCUUACUUGCAGGUAAAUGAACUGGGGUUGCUUCUCCCUUCUCUCGGACCCGGCCCCUCGCGAAUAUACUGCCAAAGUUUAAAAACCACGACGUGCUAAGCAUAUAAGAAAUAAAAUAAAUAGAUCUGGAUAUUCCUCCUUUGUUAGGUUAUUCCUGUUAUUUUAAUCGAAAGACAUUAAGUUCAACAACAGGAAAAAAUAAACCCGUUAACUCCCCACCCACCCCCAACCGCGGGAAACCGUACCCUAACAACGUUAGAGAACAUCAAAAGCCUCUUGCUAACAACACCCUCUCCCCAAUCGGGCAAGAGAACCCUCUCUCAGUCCAGCCUGCAAGGAAAUAUUCGGAACGAAAUGCCUCCUAAAUGCGUGCUUGCGCGCCUAUAGUAUGGCUCUCCUGUGUCCAUGCAUCAUCUUUAACUUCGGUUGACUCCCAGCACACAUAUGUAAACGUUAGCUGGCAACUUUUAAAGUGAGCGAACGACGGUGGUAAAGACCUGGGUCCUGUUGGCGAAUCUUCGGUAGGAGUGUUUGGACAGUGGUGUUAUGGAACGGAGAAGGCUAUUUUUUACCCAAAGUGAUUUAUUUGCCUCCUGUCCCAAACUUAUCUGCUUUUACGUUCUAGACUUUUACUAAACAGUCCAACACGCCCCCCCUUUCCCCUCUCUCUGUAUGUGUCUCUCUCCCUCUCCUUCUCUUGUUCUCUCUUUUAAACAGGUCCCCUUCUUUUUUAAACUGUACUUCUCCAUUAUACCUUCAGGACCAGCAGCCUAGGAACUGGUGAGUUUUAAGAAAACACCACUGACCUAUUGUGGGUCCCGCCUAAAGUGCACCAGCAGCAGCCCCUAUCUCAUACCAGUUUCAGAAAGACCUUAAGGAUUUAUUCAAGGCCUCUCUCUCUCUUUUUAAACAGAAAGUUUGAUACUUUACAUUCUGCAGUUAAUCGAUUUGCUUUCUACCCUGGUCUUGUUUUGAGCCUCUAUUCCAUGCAUCGUAGUCCUCAGCAUGUAAGUCAGAAGGACACGACCUGGUAUGUUCAAUGGGACUUACUCCCUAGCGUUUAAUUUCAGCCUUAUAUAGAGCAAUCCUUCUCGGAUGUAACCCACACUGAAUUCAACGGAUUUUACUCCCAGAUAUAUACGCAUGGGAUUGCAGCCUUAAGUCUUGGAAGGACUAAAAGGACAGUAGACCUGGAAAUUCAAAAAGACAGUAUUAAAUACUCACACAAUGCUACUAAUUCGUUUUUUAAAAAGAAAAAGAAAAGAAAGGGAGUGUUUAUGCCAAUAAAAGUGCUUUCCCCUCCUGAAAGUUAUGUUUACCAUCCGUGGAGGCACUACUUAUUGUCCAGCAGCAGACUUCUAAGUUUCACCCGGAGAAUUCCACAGGACGUGUUUUGCCAAUGAAGUUCUUCUUGAAUACCAUGGUUCAGUUGAGCGUCCAAUCUCAGGAUGGUCUUCCAAAGCAGAAAAUAGCCCACCAUCGCAUGCAGAUCUGGGAUUUCUUUUCAUAACUCAUAAAAAAAGGCCAACGUGGACAGGAAUAAGGUAACAUUGUCCGGGUGGAUAAAGUCACUUGCAAUUUUAGGCAUGAGAGACAAAGUUAGGUCUGAAAAGUUAAGUGAAAAAGUUUUCCCCAAACAGGACCAUUCUCAAAGAUGGGGAGCACUAAGAACAUCCCAAGAAAGGAAUGAGCCAAUUCCAGAGUCCACUCCCUUUCUGAAUGCCAGUUUCCCCUUGAUUCAGCAAUUACCCCCUUCAAGGUAGAGGUGCAAAAAGAAGGAGGGGGAGAGAAUAACAAUAGCUCUCCUUUUCCCUUCUUCCUCUGCCUCGCACGCACGCACCCAAAAAUGUGCAGACACCUCAACUUCUUCCUCCCACGCUCAGUUUGUAGCGGCAGCUCCCUUUCAGGUCAGCAGCAAAAGCAGAGCGAAAACGUUUUUGUCUUGGCAAGCAAAGCGCCUUGUGUUAUGAGCAGGGAAGGGGGUCAUAAAUCUUGAGUGACUUAAAGAGACGUCAUCUAUCUAUCUAUCUAUCUAUCUAUCUAUCAUCUAUCUAAUGUUAAAUAACUUCCCUGUGUCAGGUGAACUUAUCACAUUCCUGCCCCAAUCACAGUCGCUUGCAAGUAAAUCCCAAUAAACUGAAUGAAACUUUGCAUCCCAAAUGUUCAGCAUAACACGAUGAGAGGUGCCGGAAAUGUAGAUCACUCAGUCUUUCUUCUUCCUUCCUAUGUGUGAACGCUUGCAUUAUGGGUGGCAUCUGACUAAGCCAUACUCAGAGUAGACCUACUGACAUCAAUGGACUUUUACUAACUGAAGUUUUCAGCAGGUCUGCUCCGCGUUUGACGUGCUCGAAUGUAACCCAUAAUGCAUACACAACGUGAGCAUUCAGGGAACCAAUAGCGCUCAACCAGGUUAAGUAUAUAAACUUUCUAAAACUUUCCCUUUCAUGUCGCCCAGAAGGUUUGUAAAACUUUUCAGGGAGGUGUUCUCAAGAGCUGUUGUUUGUUUUGUUGUUUUUAAAAUGCUGCUUCCUUUUGCCGCGUCUCCCUCCCCCUCCCCGCAUAUGCUUGUCAUAAUAAUUAAGUCAUACUGGAGGGUUAUGCAAUCCAUUUUGGCCAGGGUGGGGUAUAAUGGAGGUCUGAGAGAGUUAUCCCCCGCUUGCUCUGCUGAAGGAAAUUGGGGGGGGGGGGAGAGAGAGAGAGAGAGAGAGAGAGAGAAAGAAAGAAAGAAAGAAAGAAAAAAAGAAAGAAAGAAAGAAAAUCUGCCUCUGUUCCAAAGAUUUAUUAGCAUAACUUGACACCUAAUUGCGAAGCACGUGAAUCAAUACAGCUUUUGCUAUCCUGCUAGGCCUCUGUCCGCCACCUCUCUAUUUGCAUAUUUCCUUUCCACUCCUGACGCCGUCAGGAAGCAACCUUGGCGUUUGCCCAAGCCCUCCCAAAGCAGGAGGGAGAAGGGGGGGAAAACCACCCCUCCGUUCCCCCCGCCCCCAGAAACGAAAUCUCUACAUCUCUCUCUCCUGAAUCCCCCCUCAAACCCCUCCCCCUCCCGCGCUUUCUUGUUUUAAAUUGCCCGGUUUAACAAAAAUAAUAACUGGAUGUUAUUAUUAUGUCAUUUAAAUCUCAGUCUAAGCAUUCCUUGUCGAGGAUUUCAUGUCAGCUAUUCUUUCUGUUUCCCCCUCCUCUGUACCCUGUCUCUCUCUCUCUCUCUCUCUCUCUCUCUCUCUCUCUCUCUCUCUCCCUCUCUCUCUCUCCCUCUCUCUUGCCUUCUGCUGUUAAGCCAGAGGCCAUUGUUAACCGUGAACAGGGCGUACCAAGACUAUAGGGCAGCCACAAUCAAAGGAUUCCCUAUACAUCUUUGGAAGGCUGUCUAGCAUCUUGUGGUUCCUACCUCUUCUCACCUUCCCCCCCCGCACUCCUCCCCAAACGGAUUGAGAAAGAGAGAGAGAGAGAGAGAGGCGAGAGAGAGAGAGAGGACCCGAGCAUCCCUCACCGUAAGCUCCUAUAGAGAUGUCCCCCCUCCUUUUGGCGUUAUGACCGGAUUUCUCUCUCUAGAUAUUCCUUGAACAUUAAAAAAAAAAAAAAAACCAGCACGAGAGAGGAAUGGGGGGAGCUCUCCUCGCUUAUUGAUUGCGUUGCUUGCUGGCUGCGAAAAUAUAUUAUGUCUGCUCGCCGCGCUGCUCUCGUCAGAGGCUAAGGUAAGGUGGACCGAAAUAGGCUAUCAGUUUGUGAAUGGCGGAGACCGUGUCUCCAUGAUUUAUAGCUGUAUGACUCGCAUCGCGGUUCAUGAAGAGUUCACAAGCUUUAAGCUUCCUUCCACGCAGCGUCUCUCUCUCUCUCUCUCCUCUCUCUCUCACUCUCACCCUCUCUCUCUCUUCUUCUUCUUCCCCCCUCCUUCCCUCCCCUUCUUUCUACCCCCCUUUCCCCCCUCUUUUUGCUAUUCUCCCCCUUCUAUUUUCCUCCCCCUUUCUCCUUCGCCUUUUCAUCUAGAACGCUUUCUUUCUCUCUCUUUUGACGUGGUGGAGGAUUUUUCCCCCUUUAAUUUUUCAAAGGGGAAAGCUCUAAAUGUAGUGAACAAUUUGCUGUGAACUGGAGAGUUGUCCGGAACCGCAGUAUUAUUAUUAUUAUUAUUAUUAUUAUUAUUAUUUAUUACCUUUGCCCUACUAUGGAGAAAUACGCCCUAAGGAGAAAGGCUCUCCGGUUUUCUCCCAUAACCAGAGUAGGACUGCGAAUUUUAGAAUUCUUUUUCCAACAUGGAGGUUAAAGGGAGCUUUUAAUAUUAUAUUUUCCCAUGCUCCACGGCCUUCCCUUCGCUCUUGGCACAAACCCUUUAACGGGCUUCUAGAUUCUUGGAUUCACUCUUUUUUUAAAUAAAUAAAUAAAUUUGCGAAAAAUAAAUAAAUAUCUCUCUUGCAAAAGUUCCCGAGAAGAGAGGCUUUUAUUUAGAAUCCAGGUUCCUCUUCUGGAAUAAAAACGAAACUUCCGAGAGCGAGAGAGCGAGAGAAGGAACUUCUGCGGUUACCAUUUCGAGGACUAAUUUCCAAUGCACUAUUCCUAUUUAUGAUUCCGUUGGAGAUCUCGGGGUGCUUUUUAAAACACACGCACAUCCCAACAACUACAGCAACAAUUCCUUGGAGUAAAUCAUUUACGAUUCCACCCGUCUCCGACAAAGAUAAAUGACCGACAUUUGGGACGUGUUGAAAGAUGAGAUACAAAAGGGGCGAAAAAAUCUUUGCUACUGAACGCUCAGACCACUUUGGAUUCCUUUUCGAGAAGAGUAGAAUGGGAAUUAAUUUUUAAUGCACUGUUUAAUUCUUCCUUUAAAAGAAGAAGACAUUUGCCUCCACCUUCUCAUAGGCCUUCCAGAGGUCCCAAGAAAUCCAAAACAAACCAGCGAGGCCUAGUAAAAUUAUCGUUAUGGCUGAACCGCUUAGUCAGUUUCAGCGAACCCAGUCUUUUAAUAUCGAAUUAAUGAUUAUUGCGUUUCUUCUUUAUUUUUAAUCAAUCUUUUGCCAUGAGAGUACUCGAGUGUUUAUGUCUGCUAAGGAACAGCUGAAAUAAGACAGCAAAUUUAUCAUUCUUUCCAGUUAAUACAUAGCAAAUAUUUUAACAGCCUGCUUCUAGAAGGCAACGGUUGUAUCUAAUCCAUGGAACAUACGAAAGGAUCACAACAUAGACUUUUAGAGUUGCUGUUCUGCAAACUGCAGAAUUUAUACAGGCAUAAACUGAAGAGGAGGAGGAGGAGGUUCGUGGAGAAGGAGGUGGGGCAUGUGGUUGGGUAUGAGGUCUGAAUUAUAUUUAGGUUUUGAAGUGCAUAGAUGUAGGGAAGUCAGGGGGGAAGGUUGCUCCUGUUGUGUGUGCGUUCCUAUGGUCAGAACUGACCAAUAUUGGGUUACAGUAUUAUUUUUCAUUCUGUAGGGGAGUAUAAUAGAUUGUAGCUCACUGGGGAAAAAGGCAUUUGAAAUGAAAUACAGAAUACAGUGAAACAGGAUUCUCUCUUUUUCAUCCUUCCGUGUGUGUGUGUGCUUUCUCUACUGAUUUAUUAUUUGACCCAUUAAAUAAUUCUAGCCUUUUUGCGCCCUUCCAACAUGGAGAAAAUUAAUGUUUCCUUAGAAGAAUACAUGCUUUUUUCCUUUUUGAGGGAGGAAUUUCCCCCUCCCACCCCUAAAUAAAGGGAGGACAAACAAAACAUAAAAGUUAAAGGGAAAGAAAAUCAAGAGAACCAAAUGGCCUGGUGGCAAAACUGGGUUGUGUUUUAUUUUGUUUAAAGAAAGGAUGAGAAGCCAUAGAAGGAAGCUGUUUCAUAUAUAUAUAUAUAUAUAUAUAUAUAUAUAUAUAUACCGGACUAGCACCUUGGGAGUCGCAACUGAACCAGAUUUGUUAAGGGCUUGCAGGGUAGAGUGGAUUCUAUAGCCUGUUUCCAAACGGUAAUGAGAGUUACAAAAACAACAUGGAAAACAGUAUCAAAAGCGCCAACAUCAAAGAAUUCAGUACAGGUCUCUAAAUCUGACAAUGUUCCCAGCCAUCACAGCUCUCUAAAUUCAGCGCACUAACGCGGCAGUCCUAUAUUUACACUUUCCUGGGAGUAAGCCCCCUUGAGCACACUGGGACUUACUCCCGAGUAAAUAUGCCUAGCCUUAUGCUGCAAGUGGACCAUUUGGCGGAAUGUCAAAAGCUGAGUUCAGUUUUAUGUUUAACAUUAAAAUGUUGAUUUAAAAACAUGGAUCCUGAUCAAUCCUGAUCAAUUUUAAGGUAACAGUGAUUAAAAAAAAAUAAUCUAUUACCCAAUCUAUACUUGUACACUUUAUAUUAUUUUUCUGAGGUUCCUUGUUGAGGUGGGAAUCAUAUCAGGAGAAUAUUAAAUUAUAAUACGAAUUCAGCUUAGAAGAACUUGAUAACAGCAUGCAUACAAUGUGUUUGUGUGUGUGGAUAGAUAUAAAAAUGAUACCACCGGUACAGAAGAAACCUUUCCAGUAUGGAUCUACCAAGUGACUUCACAUCUCUAACUUGCACUUUGCUUAUCUGGGAGUCAGCCCCGAUGGGACUUUUACUUCCCAGCUGGGUUUUAUUUCUGCUCGGGCCCCUUUUUUUGGAGGUUUCGCUCACGGAAAUUGACGGGCUUAAGAUUCGCGUGGAGAAAGCCAAGACUCUAUUGCUUUCUUACGUGUGGGGGUGCGCGGCGAACUAUGUCGACUUCUUCCUGUAUGAAUGUGUGUGUGGAUAUUGACAAUGUUAUGUAUGCAGGCAGGCACCUAUGUGAAACACCUUAGAGAGUUAGAUUGAAUGGCCUAUAAGAAAUCCUCUCUCCCCCCGUUGGAAGAUUUCUAUCCCUAUCUCAGCAAUGGUUCUUGAACAAUACCAACCCAAUUGGAAAGAACAAAAGGACAAUACUGCUCAGGGGUCAGUUUUAGCGAUCCAAGCGGGCAUGAGGAGCCCCUUUCCCCUUCUCUGUGUGUUUUGUCCUGGAAUAGUUGGCGAGGCUGCUCCAGGGGAGAAGGGGCUCGCCGAGAGGCGCGCCCAGGCAGCAUCUGCUGUCCGCUCCUCUCGCGCGCAGCAGCCCGAGCUAUUCAUGUCACGAGGCUUUUCAAUGACCAAGAUGGAUUCAUAGGCCGUGCCGUAUUAUUGUGUGUGCCUUUCUAACCUUUCAGGUCAGCUUGCAAAAGACACCGGGGAAGGCCUCCUCACCACGUGACCUUGGGGGUGCCAAUGUCCUUCCAUGAGGGGGUCAGCCUGAGCCUGGUAGCAGCGCGCGAGAACCUCGGGGAGCCCCAGCGAUGCAGAAAACAACCUACUACGACACCUCCACGCUCUUCGGGGGCUACUCCUACCAGGGAGCCAAUGGGUUCGGCUACGAGGGCCCUCCGCCGCAACCCUUCCAACCUGCGGCUCACGUGGAGAACCACGACUACCAGAGGCCGGCCUGCACCCUCCAGUCCCUCGGCAACGCCUCCCCUCUGGCCAAAACGAAAGACCUGAACGGGAGCUGCAUGCGCCCCAGCCUGCCUCAGGAGCACCACCCGCCCCCGCCCGUCUCGCCACCCCCCAAUCCUAUCACCGCCACCAACAGCAGCAGCAGCAGCAGCAGCAGCAACGGGGGCGGCAGCAGCAAUAACCACAGCCAGCCUGGGGGGGUCAAAAGCGCCCCCAGCAAAGCCAGCCUGGGCUCUAGUAACGCCGCUCUCGCCAAACAGAUUUUCCCCUGGAUGAAAGAGUCGAGGCAAAACUCCAAGCAGAAAAACAGCUCCCCCAGCGCAGGUAUCUGCUUUUGGAAUAUCCACCACCAAUGUGCAAAAGACACACACGCUCACACAGGUGCAGGGGCGCAGCGGGGCCAGGCUGGACAGGGAAGGAGGCCGGUGUCCAAAACUUCCUAUCUGGAGGAAGGUGGGGGUGCUGAAAGGAUAUGUUGAUGCAUGCGAUCCAAAGGGCAAGGCCCAUUGCAAGGAGAGGGGCUCGGAGUCCACAUCAACUAAUUGCAGCUGUACAAAGAGCCACAAAAUAACAAUAAUAAUAAUAAUAAUAAUAAUAAUAAUAAUGGCAGGCUCCAAAUGGGUUACUGUGAACCACUGCCAAGGCAGGGAUUAUGCAAAGGUCCCUGCUUGGCAUAUAAAGAGCCAGGGGUAGGUAAAGACGUAGAGGAGGAGCAAGACAUUGGUGGCUCCAAAAAGCAGUGCUAGGCCUGCUAAAGACCCUGAACCGGAAGGAGGAAGUUGAUGUAGAAGUGGGGAGUGGCCUCAAGGCUUAGACUGGGAUGGGGUGAGGGUGGCAGGCAAUAGGAGGAGCAGUAGAUUAAGGUGUUGGUGGUAUGAGAAAUGGGCUUCUGGAGUGUGCAAGGAAGGCAAAAGAGCAAAGAAAGGGGAUAGGGAGACUUACUUUGCCUACAUGCGUCCAUAGCUCAGAAAGUUGCAUGGGGUCUCCAGUCUCUCAAAGAAGGUCAUGGCUUUGAGGGUCAUCUGGAUAUUAAAGCCAGUCUGGGCUAGUUCCGCCGCCACCACCACACACAGUGUCUGACCCAAGUGACAGUGAUAACCAGGCUGUGGUCGAAAGCACUCUGCUUCUAUGCCAGGUGAAAUUGGCUCGCAUGGAUGCCAGUUGCUGAACUCAGGGCUAGUCUACAUAUGCAGCAGAGAGAUGUGGCGAAGAUAGAGUUGUGCCACUUUGGGCUACAGGUGGGAGGAACAUUUUGGAAGGUUUUCUGCGCUUGUUUUUUUAAAACUGCACAGAAAUUAAAAGCAGGUGGAGGAGAAAGGUUCUAGCCUUCCUUUCUUCCUUGCAAUGAGUUGUUGUUAUUGUUGUUGACCUAAAGUCUGAUCCCUGGCUUGCAUGCUGAAGUGUUGCAGUCUGUUCCAUCACCUCAGGACUCUGCCAUCUCAUUCCUACUCUCGGUCCCUUGCAAAGUCUGGUUGUCAUUGGCUCAAUGCCUGGUUUUUAUCCCUGACAAAAUGUGUUUUCAUCAAAGCCCAAGAAGUGUGAUGUUCUCCAUUUUAUAUCUCAUUGGCUUAGCAUGGAUGCUCACUAAUACCAGCCAGAGAGUAACUGAUUUGUUGCAGUGCUAAAGGCUACUGUUAUACCAUACUCAGGCAAAAUGGCUUUUUUUUUCUGUCUCUCUUGAUAUUUUGAUGAAAGACGUAUUAAAGACAGCAGGUUUUAGAUAGGACAAAACAGCUGCAUGACUCUGGAUGCCAUCCUUAGGAUAUAUAUGUCAGAAUUCUAAGGAUAUUAACUUGGAAAGAAGUGUGAGUGACUUCAGUGGAACCUACUUCUAAGCAAACUUAGGAUAUGGCUCUUAUUUGGGAAUUGAUUCAUUUGUCCUGCUUGUGAGUUCCCCACAGGAAUCUGACUGGCCACUGUUGUAGGGAUGAGUAUGGAAAAUAAAAAGAGGAUAUAUUUCUUAGAUAUUAUCCUUUGUGAGUUUGGCAGAGUACAUCCCUUUGUCAGCAAAAAAUAAGGAAGCUAGCUUUAGCCUUUUAAUUUAAGUAAUUCAGGAUGCUUUACUGCAGACUGGAUUUCCUGUUAUUUCCCCCCUUUCUUCUUCUUAAAACAAUAAACAUGCAAAACAGUAAGUAAAGAUAGAUUUACUCACUCAGUUUCACAGUAGCAGUCUUGAGGCAGGCUUAAAAUGUAGCUACAGACAUAUAUUAUAGUUUAGAUUAGACUUGGAAUCUGAGCUGUGAUUCAGACUCAGCACGUCUUACAUCCCUAGUCACUGAUGAAGCAUCAAAGGGAAGAGAUCAGAUAGCAGAGAUCAGAGAGAGAGAGAGAAGGUUGUCCCCCUUUACCUGGCUGGACACAUUGGGAGCGGCUCUCACAGGGAGAAUUUCCUGUAGACUCUGAGAUCCAACUUCCUCUGUCUGUGUGCCUUUCUAGCAAUCAGAAGUUGUUGGUUUUGACUGCCUUAUUUUAGAUAUCCCACAACUGUGAGAAGAGAAUGCUGGACCACACAGUCCACUCUUCCUGAGUGAAAAGGAUUUGUUUUAUUGGACUCUCUUAACCAGUUUUCCAUGCAAAGUUCCUGUGCAUAACAUGCUCUAGUAGUGAAAUGGGUGCAGUGUAUACCAUGCAAUUUGUGCGCACAAUUUGUAUAAAACAAAGUGUUGCCAUUGCACAAAAUGCACAGAACUGAAUUAGUGCCUGAAUUAAGGCUGCAGCCAAUUUGAAGUAUAAUUUGGGCCUACAAAGAAGCUAUAUUGUUUUGGUUGUUACAUAGUUUGCAAACUCACAACCUCUUUUUAUUCAUGAGUAAAUCUUACACUGUGGCUCUGGGGCUGACGAAAUUUGCCUAUAUCAUCUGUGCAGAAGGAAAAAGCAUUUAAGGAGACAAGCAGAUAUCAAGCAUUCUGAAGCUGAUCUGCCUUAGACAAGUUGCCAAUGAUAAACAGAACAAUUCAAAGCAAAUAAGUGAUGUUUCUGACUGUAAAAUGCACUUACGGUACCUGGAAACAGACAAGCACUCAGGAGUUCUAAGUAAAUGCCCCAUUUCUCAUGGAAAUCAAUAAGAGCUUGGUAACUUGUGAGUACCUUCUCCCAUUGAUUUCAAUGAGAACUAAGACUGCAAUACUAACCACACUUACCUUGGAGUAAGCCCCAUUUAAUUCAAUAGGGUUUUCUUCUGAGUAGGCCAGUUUAGGAUUGCAUUCUAUGUGCAACUAACUUUGUGUGGAUCCAGCCCACUUUCUUUAAAAUCACAGUGCAUUCGAAGUUUCACUGAUUCCCACAUGCAUGCACACCAGUUGAUAACGCAUCACUGCAUGCCUUACUCCUGAAUGUGAAAACACAUUUCUUAAGGAAAUACCUUUGAUGAGAUUAUAUGAAAUCCCAGCUUCUGAUCUACAAAGAUUGUUUCAUACACCAUGUUGCAAUCACUGGAUGAUGAACACAUGAAUUUCUCCCAGCUUCUACUGUUCCCCUUCCGAGUACAGUGGUACCUCGGGUUAAGAACUUAAUUCGUUCUGGAGGUCCGUUCUUAACCUGAAACUGUUCUUAACCUGAGGUACCACUUUAGCUAAUAGGGUCUCCUGCUGCCGCCGCACGAUUUCUGUUCUCAUCCUGAAGCAAAGUUCUUAACCCGAGGUUAGCAGACCCUGGGUUAGCAGACCCUGGGUUAGCAGAGUCUGUAACCUGAAGCGUCUGUAACCUGAGGUAUCACUGUAAGAGAUAGAAGAAUCUUUCUGCCACUUACAAAACAUAUCCCUUAAAAUAUUACAUUUCCACAUUUCUUCUCAAUGUUCAAAAAGUUGUUAGCAUUCUUUACUGUGGGAAUGUUAAGGAAGGUAGGAGAGGAUAUAUUGUUUUGAUAUUACAAUCAUGCUAGCGAAUAAACAGCAGAGAACAUUCCCUUUGCAACUUAUUAGAAGCCAGUUGAUGAUUUGUUAGAAUCUUUUAAUUAAGCAGUCCAGUCUGGCUCGUCAAGUCUGGCUUGUUUCUGGUAUGUGUCUCCUUUAUUUCCCUUUUAAAAUAAUAACAACACAAUACAGUCUUCUUUAAAAGUAAGAAUAAAGUUUUACUCACAUCCAGUUCACAGCAGUAAUCUGAAGGCAGGCUUUAUCUUGUGGUUACAGUAAAAAGAAGUCUGAGCUACAUCUCAGACUUUCUGCUUGUGGGCUACAUCCUAUGUGACGUUUGAGUCAUGCGCUGGCUAAGAGCCAGGAGAGUGAGAGUCCUAGAGUAAGAAAGUAAGAGUCCAAGAGAGAGAUGGUUGUGUGACCAGCCCUUUAAUCUGGUCAGCUAGGGUCAUGCCCAUCUACCUGGUCACACACAGGGGGAGGAAGCUCCAGAGCAGGUAUGACAGGAAGUCCUCCCUGUCUGGAGCCACAUUCCCCUGUGAGUCCAUUCUAGGCAACAGGGAAAUGUUGUACUUGACUGCUCUAGUAAUAAUGCAUCCCACAUUUAUAGUCCUGUGAAUGUCACAAACAUCAUGUAGUCAAUACAGACCUAAGUUGCUAAAUGAGCAAUGAACCACAAUACAUGCAUGUAGAUAUAUCUUAGAGGUACAGGCACACACACACAUAAAUAACAGAUACAGACAUCUUUGGGUAUAUUUAUCUUAUAUGCAGUUCUCUCUCAAAAAAGUUGAAAAGUACACAUGCAGUAGAAUGAGGUGGUACUUCUGAGGUAGUAAAAUGGACUGCCCUACUUCAGAAAAUGUGUGAUUUUUGUACAUUUUUUUUGCAACUGUUUGCUUACAUAAUCUUCAUGCAUGCCAAGAACUAGCAUAGUAAUGGGCAGAAUGGGCUAGAACCUUCAACACAUUUUUUUCCUGUACAGUGGUACCUCGGGUUACAGACGCUUCAGGUUACAGACGCUUCAGGUUACAGAUUCUGCUAACCCAGAAAUAGUACCUUGGGUUAAGAACUUUGCUUCAGGAUGAGAACAGAAAUUGCGCAGCGGCAGUGGGAGGCCCCAUUAGCUAAAGUAGUACCUCAGGUUAAGAACAGUUCCAGGUUAAGAAUGGACCUCCGGAACGAAUUAAGUUCUUAAACCGAGGCACCACUGUAGUGAGUUUCCUUGAAGGCAAUUAACCAUAAAUGGCACUCCAAACUGCAGUCUGCAGUUGCAAAACUUGAUGUAGUUGCAUUACAUCAAGACUCUACCACUACAUUGAACUAGGCCUGUGCUCCACUGAUUUACACUUGAUUUUACUUCCUUCAGUUAGGCUGCAAUCCACAGCAGUGGACUCAGAUGCAAAACUCCCCCCUCCCAGGAAUGCGUUUCCCUUUUAAAAAGGAGAUGUAUUGGGAUUCUGGUCUAUAUGAAAAGGAUGAAUCCUGCCCCUGAAAGCUUUUAAUCCCCCCAACUCUGAUGUGUAGAAGUUGGUUUUAGUUAGUGAUGGAAAAAGGCCCUCUGCACAUGCUCAGAGGCACUCUGUUAUUUAUCCAAUGUUUGGCGUAGGAAAGAGGUUCCAAAUUUCAGUUUUGGUUGUAGGAACACACGGAGCACAACCCAGCAGGCAGUUCACAGACCUCCAUUGCAGUGAAAGAAAGCUUGCACCAGAGACCUGCCCACUAGACUGAGCAUAGUGUGUGUGUGUGUGUGUGUGUGUGUGUGUGUAAGAGAGAUAGAGAAGCUUAUUGGUAAGCAUAUACUGACAUUUGUGCUUUACACACGUAUGUAGAAGGGCGCAUGUGCCUUUGUGGGCUUGUUUAAAUCACGCAGAAUAACAAGGACACUGACACUGCAGGCCUGUGUACAGGAGCACCUGAUUAAUUUUGCUUUCCAAACACUGCCCACUUGCCAGGCGUAAUUUCCUUUGAAAGGGUCUGCUUCAAAAUAAUCGACUCCCAAAUAAAUAGCCUCGGAUUCCUUUUCUGCAUGACAUGAUCAAAUUUUCAUAAAGCGAGGGGGCAGCUUUGGAGAACAGAACUCUUAAUAAAUGACAUGAUUAUGGAGUGGGGGAAAUGGAAGGAGGAGGGGAGGCUGCAAGUCUUCUCGCCUGUUGGAGGAUUUAUUAAGAGGCCUGUGCAUUCAAUUUUCUGCAUGUAAGUAAUUAUCUCUGAUUUCAUUUCCCGACCUCCUCUCCAGAAAGCUGCAGCGGCGAGAAAAGCCCUCCGGGCAACUCGGCUUCCAAGAGAGCCCGCACGGCCUACACCAGCGCCCAGCUCGUCGAGCUGGAGAAGGAAUUCCAUUUCAACCGAUACCUGUGCCGGCCCCGACGGGUGGAGAUGGCAAACUUGUUGAACCUCAGCGAGAGGCAGAUCAAGAUCUGGUUCCAGAACCGGAGAAUGAAGUACAAGAAGGAUCAGAAGUCGAAAGGUUUGGGCUCUUCAUCCGGGGGCCCAUCCCCGACGGGGAGCCCCCCGCAAGCCAUGCAGUCCUCGGCGGGCUUCCUGGGCGCCCUGCACCCCAUGACCUCGAACUACGACGCCCCGUCUCCGCCCUCCUUCAGCAAACCCCACCAGAAUGCCUACGCCAUGCCCACUGCCUACCAAAACCCCAUCAAAAGCUGCCCCACCCAACAGAAGUACGCCAACACGGCGCCGCCGGAGUACGACCCGCACGUCUUACAGGGUAAUGGGGGAGGCGGAUACGGGCCCCCCAAUAUGCAAGGCAGCCCCGUGUACGUGGGCGGGAACUACGUGGACUCCAUGCCCAACUCCGCCCCGUCGCUUUACGGGCUGAACCCCCUCCAGCAUCACCAGCCAGCCAGCAUGGAGUACAACGGGGGCCCCCCUCAAAUGGGCUCCAACCAGCACCAUGGACCUUGCGAGUCCCACCCGACUUACACAGACCUUUCCACCCACCACGCUUCGACUCAGGGUAGAAUCCAAGAGGCGCCCAAACUGACCCAUCUGUGAUGAGGAGGG